GAAUUAUCUCAUUCAUCUCUUUCUACCUUUCGUGCGUUUGAUUCGGAUAUGCUUCCAACAAUAUUCUCAAUAGUAGGCAGGUGAAUUGAGCAGAGCGAAAUCUAGUGAUCGACUAAUGCACAAAAAGAGCGAUCAUUGUGAUUCCUCCAAGCUCCUUUUAGUCAAAGGGAUUCCAGCAAUCGGACGUACGCAAAGAAAUAGUCUGAUUCCGGUAUAUAAACCAUAGGACGAUGGACGCACAAGCAGCCGCAGCACAAUUCCCACCCGGAUACCUCGAAAGUUAUAGCGGUCACCCACUCUUCGCUACUUGUGUCAGUUGUAUUGUGUUGGAUAUAUUUUUUGUUUUUGUGAGGUUCCUUUCGAGAUGGAUGCACAAUACACCGAGGGGAUGGGACGACUUUCUUAUGAUACCCGGGUUGUUAUUUUCGGUGCUGCUUGCUGCUCAGGGGCUCGGUAUGUAUAUCACUUCACGCCUCAUUGAGAUGGAUCCAUGUCUAAUCAGCAUUCCUUCAAGUCGGAAUACAUUACUGCGGAGUAGGCCGCCACGUCGAAGCCAUCGAGCUCAGCGACCCCUCACAACUCAUCUCCCUCUAUAAGCUCCUGAUAUUUUUCCCCGCAACUUACGCCAUCGCCGUAACCUUUCCCAAACUAUCCAUUCUAGCCAUGUAUCUCCGCAUUUUCACCGUUCCUUUCUAUCGCAUGGUAACCUACAUCGUUAUCUACAUAAUCGUCAUUUCUUCCACCAUUUUAUUCAUGAUGAUGCUCUUCCAAUGCACGCCGGUGAAUUAUUUCUGGGAUAAAACUAUCCCGGGGGGAGAAUGUCAUUUGAAUAUUGAAAAACUUUUUUUAUAUGCUAGUUUGCCGAACAUUAUUUCAGAUAUCCUUAUGUUCAUGUUGCCGUUGCCGUUUGUUUUCAGGCUGAAUAUGACGAAGAAGAUGAAGGUUGGUUUGGGCAUCACGUUGCUUACCGGAUCGAGGUAAUUAUUGACAUACCAUUUUCCAUUCCCCAAAACCUCAAAUCAGUAUCUAACAUGCAAAAAGUGGUCUGGUAACCUCCAUCCUCCGCUUCAUCGCUUUCAAACACCAAUCACUUUUCCCCGACACACCCCGUGCAGCAUCGAAUCUCGCCCUUUAUACCGUCCUCGAAACAAGCAUGUAUUUAAUUGCUGCUUGUCUUCCCGCUUGCCGGCCUCUCUUCAACAUUCUCCGUCACCCAUCUCGAAAUAUGCAAAAGAAUGAGGACCAAAAAUGUGCACCUCAUUCACCCUCUGUCAACACCAGAAAUGUAAAUGAUGACAUCGAAUUGCAACGAACCAACGACGGACGCGGGAGUGAAAGUUGGAAUUGGGUUAGGUAUCAUGGGUUUGGUGAAGGAUUCCGAGGCAUGCAAGGACGAUUUAAGAGAUUGGGUUCGGAUGCGGGAUUUAUUCUAGGAAGGAGCAGAGAAACAUCACCCCAUUCCCCACCACCUCAAUCGCAAUCUCAAUCGCAAUCUCAAUCUCAAUCUCGGUCCUCGCACGUCUCUCCACCCCAGCAAGACCGCGAUCCGGACCGACAAUUCACCGAUCAAGCCGAGGGCCGUCUGGGACUCGGACUCCACAAACUCCGUUCCGGCUCCCGAGAACGUAUAUUCAAACACUCUUUUCGCACGCCAGACCGCGUGCAUAUAGCUGAUAUGCACAUGGGACACGUGCAACAGAGUGAGGACCCAGAGACCCCGGAAUCACCUGAGAGCAAGGGCGGUUUCGCAAGAGAUGGGAUUAGGAUCAAACAGGAAUUUGAUGUUUAUUAUGAUCGGCCAGCUUUAUGAUGUGCGGGGGAUGGGAUCAAGGGGGAUAUUAGAGAAGGGUCUUUCAAAAGGGUGCUUCUUUCUGCGGUCGAGCAUAGUGUAUUAAGUAUAUUGGGCGUUGUUUUUUGAGAUUUUUGAGAUUUUUUAUUGCGAGCGAUGGCUUUGCCGCAUGGCGUGGUGUUUGGAUAUACAUACCUUAUCUGCAUUUGGUGGUUGGUGUGGUUGGUGUGCUUUGCUUUUGUGUUAUAUGAGGGGCUUGCGUGGGUUGCGGCGGUGCAUGCAUAUUUUGAUACCAUGGUGGUGGGUGGAUGGCUGGGUGGUUAGUUGUCAGUUCA